AUAAUUUAUGCUUGGAUGCUACUGUUCUUGAUAAGAAGUCUUGUGGACAGAAAUAUACUGUUUGCAUGUUUCUAUAACACUGAUUACUUUUACUUGCAGCUUGGAAAUAACGGAUCAGAUUUUACUGAGGAAGAACUUGAUACACACACAAUAUCCGCUUGGAAAGAGGGAAAAUCAUAUCUGAAUAGGCAAAUAGAUGGACAUGUCCGGGCUCUACCUAGACAUCUCAUACAUGCUGGGCCAUAUGACAACUUGAAAGAGGUUGCUUUGAGAAUAUUGCAGAAUGAGGUGGCUACAGUUCCCAUUAUCCAUUCAUCAUCAGAAGAUGGCUCAUUUCCUCAAUUACUGCAUCUUGCCUCACUCUCUGGAAUACUGAAAUGUAUUUGCAGGUACUUUAGACAUUGUUCUGGCACCUUACCCAUGCUCCAACUACCGAUUGGUGCAAUACCAGUGGGUUCAUGGGUUCCAAGUAUUGGAGAGCCUAGCGGGCGCCCGUUGGCCAUGUUGAGACCAAGUGCUUCUCUUAGUUCAGCUUUAAACUUGUUAAUUCAAGCUCAAGUAAGUUCAAUACCAAUAGUUGAUGAGAAUGACUCGUUAAUAGACAUAUAUUGUCGGAGUGACAUAACAGCUUUGGCGAAGGACAAAAUUUAUACUCAUAUUAAUCUUAAUGAAAUGACUAUUAAUCAGGCUUUGCAAUUGGGACAGGAUGUCUAUUCUUCUUAUGAUCUGAGAAGUCAAAGAUGUCAGAUGUGUUUGCGCUCUGAUACAUUGCAUAAAGUGAUGGAGCGAUUGGCAAACCCUGGUGUUAGGCGUCUUGUCAUUGUGGAGGCUGGCAGUAAACGUGUGGAAGGCAUUGUGACACUGAGUGACAUUUUCAGAUUUCUACUUGGCUAGUUUGAAGCGGUAAGUUGUUAAUGGAAAGGGAUGUAUGGAGUGGUUUUGGACAACCUCCACACAUGUUAUUGCAGUAUCUAAAGCCCUGUGCCAAUGUUACUCCAGCACUUUCCAUGGUCAUAUGACCCAGUGAUUUGAAACCUACAUUGGAUUAUUUGAAAUCUCAAGCCUGCUUGGCCACCUGUUUUAGAGUUUUAGGCUGAAAAGAAAGGGCUAAUUCCCAAAUUUGUUAAUUUCCUCCCUUCCAUGUAUUACGAAUUACUUCAAGCUGUCGUAGAUUCCAUGUAUAUGAGGAGCAUGGUAUCUGUUAUGUACUAUGCUGCCACUAACUGAGAAAGGAGAUGGGGAGGAGGUGAAUGCUUGUUGUCUGCUACUGCUUCAUUGAGCUGUGAUUCCUCAGGAAAAUCUGGUAAAGAUGGCAUUUGAUUCAUGUUGUUUCGUUAUUCUAGUAAAUACAUGCAAGAGAAAAUCUAUUCAAGUUAAAUGGCAUUAUUGUACCUGAGUCAGCAGAUGGAGAACCCUUGAUUGAGAAUGACCAUCCUAGAAAAUCUGAUAA